AUGAUUACCCACUCAAUGCCACCUGAAAAGUUAGAAGUGUUCAAGUCAUUAGAACCUUGGGUGACCCAAAGCGUUCUCCCUCUCCUCAAGCCCGUUGAAAAUUCCUGGCAGCCCAAUGAUCUCCUUCCGGACCCAUCUCAGCCGUCGGAUGAAUUCUUCGACGAAGUUCGGGCCCUGAGGCAACGGACUUGUGAACUUUCAGACGAUUACCUUGUAGUGCUUGUGGGAGAUAUGAUAACUGAAGAAGCUUUGCCAACUUAUCAAACUUGGAUUAAUACUUUUGAUGGGGUUCGUGAUGAUACUAUGUGCAGUUCAUCUCCUUGGGCUAUUUGGAGUAGGGGCUGGUCUGCUGAGGAAAAUAGACAUGGAGAUCUGCUACGAACAUACUUGUACCUUUCUGGUCGUGUGGACAUGAAGAUGAUUGAAAGGACUGUGCAAUAUUUGAUUGGAUCCGGAAUG